GAUAGAUCCACCAGCAGUUCAUCCGCUCCAGUCCCCGUUGACACACGCGCACAAACACAAAGACACACAAGAGAGCUGAGAUGUGACUGUUCACCAGAGGAAUACUGCGUGUUUCUGAGGGAUUUUCUUUUCUGUCAGCCGGAUAAUGAGAGGGGACAGGCGGGGAAUAAUUUUGGCCAUGCCGGCCACUUGGGUCGCGGUGCUUCUCUGUGUGACUACUUCGGUCUGCGCUGUGGAAGAGACAGUGAUGGAUACAAGGACAGCGACAGCUGAGCUUGGCUGGAUAUCGUUCCCUGCCAAUGGGUGGGAGGAGGUGAGUGGCUAUGAUGAGAACCUCAACACCAUCAGGACAUACCAGGUAUGCAACGUGUUUGAGCCCAGCCAGAACAACUGGCUCCUCACCACUUACAUUGACCGGCGGGCAGCACAACGCAUCUAUGUGGAGAUCCGCUUCACUGUACGCGACUGUGCCUCCAUCCCCAGCGUCCUGGGCUCCUGCAAAGAGACGUUCAACCUGUACUACCUGGAGACCGACCGGACUGUGUCAGAAGGCAUCAAGGGGGUGGAGUACUGGGCCAAUGCUCCUUUUCUGAAAGUGGACACUAUCGCAGCAGAUGAGAGUUUCUCCCAGGUUGAUUUUGGGGGAAGGCUAAUGAAGGUGAACACAGAAGUUCGGAGUUUUGGGCCGCUGUCCAAAGGCAGAGGGUUCCACUUGGCCUUCCAGGAUCUGGGCGCUUGCAUGUCUCUUCUUGCUGUCAGAGUAUUCUACAAGAAGUGCCCCAGUAUAGUGCAGAACUUUGCUUUUUUCCCAGAGACACUGACUGGAGCAGAGUCCACGUCAUUAGUCAUCGCUAGGGGAAAUUGUAUCCCCAACGCUGAGGAAGUAGACGUGCCCAUAAAGCUCUACUGUAACGGCGAUGGAGAAUGGAUGGUACCCAUCGGCAGCUGCAGCUGCAAGGCGGGUUAUGAGCCAGACAAUGGCAACGUGUGUCGAGCUUGCCCUCAGGGCACCUUUAAGUCGUCCCAGGGGGCAGGAUUAUGUCAGCAAUGUCCGCUCAACAGUCGCUCUACCAUCGAGGCUGCCACCCUCUGCGGUUGUCGCAAUGGCUAUUACCGUGGAGACAUGGACAAACCGGAGGACGUGUGCACCAGUGUCCCUUCAGCUCCUCGCAACGUCGUCUCAGUCGUCAAUCAGACAUCGGUUAUGCUGGAGUGGCAUUCUCCACGUGACCUCGGACACCGUGAUGACCUGUCAUAUAAUGUCUUAUGCCGCCGGUGCCACAGCAGUGAGCGCCGGGCAUGUCAGCCGUGUGACGACAGCGUGGCAUUCGUUCCAGGGAAGCGAGGGUUAAAGGAAACAAGGGUGGAGAUCAGCAAGCUGCGGGCUCACACGUCGUACACCUUUGACAUACAGGCAGUCAAUGGAGUCUCCAACAAGAGCCCUUAUCCCGCCCAGCAACUGUCAAUCAACAUUACAACCAAUCAGGCUGCUCCCUCAGCAGUUCCCAUAAUGCACCAAGUGAGCUCAACGAGCCGCAGUUUCUCGUUGUCAUGGCCACCACCCGAACAGCCCAACGGGAUUAUUCUCGACUACGAGAUACGAUACUAUGACAAGUCCCAGUCAUCAGUGCUGAACAGUUCAGAGAUCCAGAGCGAAACACCCAGUGUUGUCCUGGAGGGUCUGAGGCCGGGGACCGGCUAUGUGGUUCAGGUGAGGGCCCGCACUGUGGCCGGCUACGGAGCCUACAGCAAGGAGAUGCUCUUCCAAACACUCACCGACGAUGAGUAUAAGUCAGAGCUAGGACAGCAGCUCUCCUUGAUUGCAGGCUCUUUGGUAGGUGGAGUGUGUAUCGUCUCACUGGUAGCUAUCGCCAUCAUCUGUACCAGAAGAAGGCAGUUGAAGGAGAGUGUUUACGGUGAUAAGCUGCAGCAGUACAACACAGGAGGAGAGGUGACUCUGAGGCCUGACAUGUUCAGUGGUCCCGCCCCCACUGUGACCUUUCCCAGCCUGUCCGAAGGUCACAGUUCACCAGGGGUCAAGAUCUACAUUGACCCUUUCACCUAUGAGGACCCCAACGAGGCUGUCCGGGAGUUUGCCAAGGAAAUCGACCCCUCCUGUGUCAAAAUAGAGGAGGUCAUUGGAUCAGGUGAGUUUGGGGAGGUGUACAAAGGUCGCCUCAAGCCUGUUGGGAAAAAAGAAAUUCCUGUGGCCAUCAAGACCCUGAAGGUUGGAUACUCUGAGAGGCAGAGGAGGGACUUCCUGGCUGAGGCAUCAAUAAUGGGCCAGUUUGACCAACCAAACAUUAUCAGACUGGAGGGCGUGGUCACCAAGAGCAGGCCUACGAUGAUCAUCACAGAGUUCAUGGAGAACGGAGCACUUGACUCGUUUCUCAGGCAAAACGAUGGGCAGUUCCCAGUGAUCCAGCUGGUUGGUAUGCUGAGGGGCAUCGCGUCUGGAAUGAGGUACCUGGCGGAAAUGAGUUAUGUUCACCGGGACCUGGCUGCUCGGAACAUCUUGGUUAACAGUAACUUGGUGUGUAAGGUGUCUGACUUUGGCUUAUCACGAUAUCUGGAGGAGGACACCUCGGACCCCACCUACACCAGCUCACUGGGUGGUAAAAUCCCAGUGCGAUGGACGGCUCCGGAGGCGAUCGCCUACAGGAAGUUCACGUCGGCUUCAGAUGUCUGGAGUUAUGGGAUCGUCACCUGGGAGGUGAUGGCAUAUGGAGAGAGGCCUUACUGGGACAUGAGCAACCAAGAUGUGAUAAAUGCCAUCGAGCAGGACUUCAGGCUGCCAGCCCCAAUGGACUGUCCAGUAGUGCUGCACCAGCUGAUGCUGGACUGCUGGCAAAAAGACAGAAACGCACGGCCAAAGUUCCCCGAUAUUGUCAGCAUGUUGGACAAAAUGAUACGCAACCCUGCAUCUCUCAAAGCCGGCACCAACAAUGUCGCCCCUGGUCCUUCUCAUCAUCCUUUGUUAGACCGUGGAGCUCCGGACCUGAGCAGGGUGAGCUCUGUGGAAGACUGGCUGGCUGCACUGAAGAUGACCCAAUACCGAGACUCCUUCAUGGGCUCAGGCUUCACUUCUUUGCCGCUCAUCACACAAAUCACAGCAGAAGAUCUUCAGAGGAUUGGUGUGUCUCUAGCCGGACACCAGAAGAAAAUCCUGACCAGUGUUCAGUCAAUGAGGCACAACAUCGAUGACCAGUCUCCUACUGAAUCUGUGUAGCCACACAGGGGAGCGAUACAGUAUGAAAUAUUUGACGUGUGUACAGUCUGAAUGAGCAGGCUGACAUCUUUACGCUUUGGUUUUCCCCUCAUACACUUCAGUUUGCUGGUCUUGGAGAUCUAAACCACUUUACAUGUUUUUAACAACCACUGUGGCCAUUUAUUUGUCUGCAUGGCCUCAGCAGUCACCAGGUCCCUCCUUCAGUCAUCGGACAGACUUAUCUCAUACAAUUUAGCUUUCCAAAUUGAUUUAAACUAUAUACUUCUCUGAAUGAAUUCAAUGCAGCGUUAGUGAAAGAGAAAAUACAGGGCAGACAUGAUUUAUGAUCGAAAACAAAAAACUCUAUGUGUCUGAGCUUUUCGGUCUCUAAGUGGUACAAUCACAAACACAGAUUCCCUCUCAUCCAAAAUCUGCCGGCAGGAUAACUUUUACUUCCAUGAUUGAAAACUAAAGACCAGUUUUUACCAGCUUGACUGUUCAAGGACAACAUGGACUGGUUAUUAUCAAAGGAUACAUCACACAAACUACUACUGCUACUGUGAAGAGGAAACUGAAUGAACAGACAUUUAUAUGAAAGGAUAAAAACUGGACCAAAAGCCUGAAAAAAGUCUUUAAAGUAGUGUUUCUGGAGACCCAUAGCAGGCUUUGUUUUCUCUAGUAUGUUUUAUUGAGACUAAUUCAAUGUCUUGGUAAAAAAUGCUCAGAUCUGAAUGCAGACCAAGAGGCAACAGUUAAAUGGGACUUUGUGACUAUAUCUUCAUAUUGAAGAGCCUGUAAAUAUGAUGAAAUGGGAUGUUUAUUUCCUAUUUGCUCAUUUUCUUUCACUUUUGCCAACAGCAUCGGACAAUUAAUUGUUACUGGAGUAUUUGUGAGCUCUCUAUGAUUAUCUUCCUCUGCCUGACUCGUCACUGGAACAAACUUUAAAGUGGUGUGGACUGCAGUCUAAAAAAAGAAAGAGAAAAAACACGGAAAAAUAGGUUUUGUAGUUUUUUUUACUUUCCAUGCAGCCAUGAAAAGACUCUUCCACGCAUGGGGGUAGCCUGCUUAAAAUACUUGAUUCAGAGGGAACUCAUAAUGGAUGACGGACUACAGUCAGCACAAAUGCACUCUGAGUAAAGGCAAUUAUAGACCAGAAAAUGGAAACAAAAUCAGAUAAAGAAAUAUUAAACUACUAUACUAAUUUAAGAAGUCCUUUUCCAAGCCAGAACACAAAGCAACUGAAAGUAUAGAAGAUGAGGAAAAACUGCUUAAGAGACUGCGGGUAUUGAGUCAUUACCAGCUGCUGAGACGCACCUGUUGUGAACACACAGCAGCGGCCAGAGAAUCUCAAAAGACAGAAAAGGUAUUCUCAUCCAAUGUUCUUGUGAUUUGGCUGCAAAUCCUAAAGCUGACUGCCAGUCAGGCAUUAAUACAACGCAUGAACAAACCAGAAAUGCAAGCCUCAUGUGCUGUCCACGCAUGAAACAAAUCUAAUUUCUGUCAAAACUGUAUUGCUGCAGUCCAGAUGGUAAUCAUCACUUUUCAGCAGCAGGCAAGGCCUUUGUAUAAAUUCACUUUUUUGUUCAUAGGCUGCCGGACACGUCGUUAUUUUGACAGUCACAUUUCCCAAUUGACAGAACUGAUUAAUACUGUUGUGUCAGUUUGCAGAUGAAAAGACAUGAAGUGACCUAUCCCUGUUCUCGUCUGUCUACAGCAACCUUUACAAUGCUGGGCGUUAUGCAACAUUCACUUACAAGCAACAAAGGCUGCUUUCUCAGACAUGUCAGAGAAAAGAUCCAACAAGAAAAUAUAGUAAAAUCCAAGGGUCAAGAAGCAAAUUGCCAGUGUAUCGUAUUCAUCAUGUUUUAGUACAUAAAUGGGAUGGUUGACUCACUAGUCUCCACAAAAUAUUAUAUCAAGAAGGCCUGAUCUCACUCUGGGGCACACUGGUUGAGAAGCACAUCUCUUUUAUCUCAGCACUGAACAGCUUACCAGAUGUGCAACAACAGCAGGUUCGCUCUGCCUUCAGUCUAAACCUCUGGUCAUGCGAGUGCACCCACUUUAUCAGUAGCACAGAUUGGAUGUCAUGAUUUUAUUUGUCAUCGGCUCCUCACAAUGACAGAAGUGAAAGUAUUUAGAGGUUUGCCUUUAACACGUUUUACCGCUGCAUGACUACAGAACGAUUCUUGGACUCCCAAAGUCUUUUAUUUACGAACACUAUGACAUUAAGAGGCCAGUGACUAUUUUAAACCUCCAAACAUGUCCGUUUUCACUUUUUGAUGAAACACUGCUCCGCUGGCGCGACCGGAAUUGCAUUUGUUGCCUGGCAACGAUAGCUUAUUGAACAUUUUAUCAGGAAGUAUUGAGAUCAACUGGGAGCGUGUCAGUGGUGCAGAGGCAUAAUUCGUUGUAAAUAGAUGCCUCUGGAAAAACCGUUUCAGCGCUCGCUCGAGUGGUUAACCAACAGUGAGACGAGUGUGCCUAAAAGCUCGUAUUGAAUGCCACCUACAAAAAAUGGCAUGGCAGAAAUAAAAGCUAUCAACACAGGCAGUCAUCUUAAUACAUUAUGUAACUUUAACAAGGUUAGAUGUGAGCUUUCAGAGGCAUUUCACAUUCCUGUGUCAGCGUGUGUGUGUGUGUGUGUGUGUGUGUGAAAAGACAAUGACGGCAUAAAUGAUUUACAGCAUGUCUUGAAUUUAUACUAUGGUUUGAGCACAAAUAUACACCACAGAGAGGAUAACUCAGGAACACAACAGAUGUGAGUUUUGUCUACAUUGCUGCAUAAAAUGGUAUCAUUUUCUGGUAAGUCAUCAAAAGAUUAAACCAAGAUGAAGUUUUUUAAGAGUUCAUGGAGUUCAACUGUUGUUGGUGUUUGAAGUUUUCUGUGCUUAUUAAAAGUUAAAUCCAUCCUAAAUCCAGCUACUAAAACCUUUGAGACUGCUCUAUUUGUGAAUGUGAACAAGACUAUUAUACAAGAAAACAGAGUUAAUACACUUUCUGAUUAUAUCAGUGCUGAAUUUCUGGGCCCAUCUUCUAAUUCAAGGCUAAAUUACAUUUUUAAUCCUUUUUAGAGGGGAGUUUUGACAUCAAGCUUUUUAAAUGUUUCCCAUUUGAAAAAUACAAAUCACCAAGCUUCCAAUUUACUAUUUUAGGCACAUAAACAGAGUUUUAUCAUCCAAACCAGACCAACAAAGUAUUGAAAUUUGAUUGUAAAAUCAGUGGAAACAUCUGUUACUAUAGACGUUUUAAAGAUAAAAUGCUUCUCUAAGACACUAGCUGUGUCACAACUCCAUACUACAUACUAAAUCUCAGCAGGUUUUGGGUAAAAACUCAAUAGUGUGUUUACUCUGCAAAUUAUAAAUUAUUUUUGAGUUUGCUGUUGAUGGACACUUUUUAAAGUUGACAUGCAUCGAUGCAUAUAUUGUAUAAUUUCCUGAUGAACUGUUAAAGUUGCCCUGUGGAGUUUCCUUUUAAACAGUGUUUCUGUUUACAUUCAGUGUUAAUCAUCAAAACACACUUUGUGUAUCCUUGAGGUCUAACAAACAUGUUGAAUGUAUUUCCUUCCUUAUAAAUCAUUUUGGAAUAGUUUUUACAUUUUAAACCUGCAUUGUUUACAACCAUGUUUACCUGCUAUCAGUCUUCUUCUUUCCUGACCUUUAAUGUUGCUUUGCAGUAGAGUGGAAUAAUGUGAAACCAUUAUAAUGUGAAUCACGUCACCCGCAUGUCUGUGCAUGUGCACUUGACCCACAUCUAAAAACAUAAAUCCAUAGUGCUACUAGUGGUCAAAAACUCUAUAGGGUAACUUCCUACCUUGUUGAUUUAUUUGUAUACUGCUAUAAAAAGUAUACUAUGCAUUUAUAUCUUUUAAGGGUCUGGCUAGAAUCGGACUUCAAUCCGUCUUGAAUGCUUCUUGGAUUUACACAUACACUACGCUUUCUUGAGAUCGGAUAGCUAUCUGAUCUGCCCAAGACUCAUUAAAUGAUUAAGUGUAAAUGGGGUCAUUGUCUAUGGGAAAUAUAAAUGGGGCUUUAACUUGCAGAAACAGAGGCGCCUGAAAUAGCUCCUCCCACUUCAGAACUUUAUAUAGUAUGGAUUUGGGAUGCAGCUUCUUAUGUUUUAAAGUGGAAAGAUCCACCCUCAAAGGUUUCUAAAUUUGUUAUACUUGUUGUUUAUUAGGAUUUUGAUAUGAAACUUGCUGCUCUUAAAAAGUGCGGGAGCAUCUGACCAGUCUGCGAACAUUAAUGUUGUGACCACUGUCUCUCUCCUCUGUAAAAACUCAACAUUUCGCAGCUGAAAUGCACUCUGGUGUGCUGGGAUUACUGCCAGUGGAGACAACUAUGAUACAUUCUCUCCGUUCAUUGUUGAAUGGUGGUACAAAUGGAAGCUGCAGACAAAAACCCUCGCCAGCCCUCUGAGGGACUGACACCAAAACCUGACAUUUACUGCAGAUGUUACAGAUAGAAAACUCCAUUUAGUCUCCACUGUAACUGUGCUGGAAAUGUAUCAACAUGAUGUCACAUUAGGUUUGGCCAAUUAACCACUGAAACAGGAAAAAUAUACCACAACAUAUACAACGCAGGCCCAGAAAUGCAAGUUGUGUCACCAGAAGCUCCUCCAAGUGCCUAAGGGUGGAUUUAUCUUUUAAUUGCAGUUAUUUCCGGGAAGCUGGACUGUCUGGGCUGCUUUUCUCUUCUCCUGUUACUCUGGUGUAAAAGAUACUGUAGGUGAUGUUGGAGAUGAGAGGAGGCGAGUUAUGAAGAGAAGGAAGAAAGUGAAAGGGAAUAGGUAAUAGAAGAGGCAGAGGAGAAGGGAAGGAUAACAGAAGAAGAGAGAAAAGCAAGGGGCGGAGGCGUGAUAGGCAAAGCUCGACUCUCGUAUUGGAAUAAAAAUGAGCCUGGGUGUGGAGAGAUUACACUUUCUCUUUUUGUUUCUCUCGCUCUCCCUGCUAUACCCGGCUGUCCUCUUUCUUCUCCUAAUGCCCACAACCUCUCUGUACUGCUUCCAGUCUGCAGUCUCCAGACUAAUGGUUUAAAGGCAAGCGUGUCGAGCACUUGUUUUAUUCUUAGAUGCACUAUUCUCGCAAACAUUUUUAUCUUGCAUCGCUUAAUGAUGCCCCGGCAAGUAUCACUUUACGCAAAAGAAACCUGCAGUGUGUUGUUGUGUUUUUUUUUAGAGCAUUUAUCCCAAAACUGUGAAAGUAAAGGUCUACCGAAAAAUAAGGGUUUGUCAUCCAAUUUUAGCCGGUAACUUUUGUUCCAUGUGUCCAGUCGUUCACAGUGUUCCAUUAACGUGAGCUAAAGCAGUCUGGCUAUAUACAUUCUGGAUAUGCAGAAAAGAUUUUCUCCUUUUAAAUGAUUACAUUUUUAUUUAUUUUCUUUCCUACUGCUUGCCAUACGUUUUAGUAUAAAUGUAAUGUAUAUUGGUUUCUCUUGAAAAAAGAAAAAACAGCUCAGUAAUCAGCUGUAGUCUGCCUUUCUCUUGUUUACCUACAAUACUGUUAUAGGUGUUACUGCUCAUAUAGUCAGAGCAUCCCACUGUAAUGUAUUAUAAAUUAAUACUGUAAUAUAAAAUGAGUGUGCGCACGCCUGUGCAUCUUUGUGUGUGCGUGCGUGUGUGCGUGUGUAAUAUAAUGUGUGUGUGCUGUUCAGUGUACAGUAAAAUGUUUGUACAUCGUGCGUGUGUGAGUUUGUAGCUGUUAACUUUCUGAGUCUUACAUUUACAAUGCACUGUUUGUCAAUAAAGAAGACAAAUCAAUCAAA